AUGAUGAGUCGCCAACAGCAGCAUGAACCUCUUAGGACUUCAGCUAAUGGAGCCCCCCACCGGAAGCUUGAUAGGGAGGGUAGUGGAAGGCAUGAUAGUAAAUCACACCUGAUGAGAUCUUCAUCUGGUGGUUUUACCAGUGCAGAGAAUGGAGGCAAACUAGGUCAUGCAAACCCUUCACGGGAUCGACUAGUCUAUGUUAUGACACAAAUUAUUGGGCAUCAUGUGGACGUGCAUGUCAAAAAUGGAUCUGUUAUCUCUGGAAUCUUCCACGCAACAAACACCGAUAAAGACUUCGGAAUUAUCUUAAAAAUGGCACAGCCGAUAAAGGAUACUUCUGUGGGAGGACAAACUAAUCCCACUGAUGUUGUAAGAAAGCUGGAGACUAUGAUAAUACCAGCACGGGAGCUUGUUCAAGUUUUUGCCAAGGACGUAACACUAGGCGGUGAUGAACUGCCAAAAGGUCCUGUCCAUGACAAAAGGAAAGACUUGAUGAUAGAUUCUGCCAUCUCUCGUUCUCAUUUCCCUGAAGAGAGGGAGCUUGAACGCUGGGCACCAGAUGGAGGGGAUUCAGACUGCAUCGAAUUGGAAAAAUUUGACAGAAAGGGGCAUAGGAGCUGGGACCAGUUCGAGACAAAUGCAGCUUUGUUUGGGGUAAAGAGUACUUUCAAUGAAGAUCUUUAUACCACAAAGCUUGAGCGAGGUCCUCAUAUGAGAGAGCUUGAAAAGCAUGCUUCAAGGAUAGCCCGAGAAAUAGAGGGUGAAGAUACAGAAGAUCUUCAUCUUGCCGAGGAAAGAGGUUUAUACUUGGAUGAAGAUUUGGAGCAUGAUGAAGAGAUCAAAUAUUCUGCAGUUUGGAGGGAUACUGAUACCACAGUUAAACCCUUUACGAAUGUCUCAAGCAGGCCAGGCAGCAUGGAUACUAAAGAUUUGCCAGUGUGUUCAUCAACAGUGGAUGACAAAUCAUCUUCCCAUAUAUUUGGUGGUACUCAUUUAUCUGCCACUGCUGCAACUGGAGAGCUAGCAUCUGAAUACCAGUCAAACAAGCUUUUGCCUGCUGAUGCUAACAGGUUGGAUGGCAAGAGAAGUAAAGAUAGUAGCGGUGGCAAAGACAACAGGAUCUUGCAACCUGAGAAUACUUUACCUGAAGGGGUUAGGCCGCUGAUUUCUGAAGAUUUGGAAGGAACACCUUCAAGGUCGCGUGCAUCUGAGCCUUCAUCUUCUGGCCAAGGGAACAAGUCAUCAGAUGGUUUGGCACCAGAUUCGACUCUACCCAGCAAACUUCCUUCUGCGCCUGAAUAUGCGAAUUCCUCUCAAAGACCUGGCAGUUCUACACCAUUAACACCCGAGCGUGUUGCUGCAAACUCAGCUGCGAGUGCUGCUCCAGGCUUAUCACCAAGUUCUUCGAUGGGAUCUCUUAGCUCAGACAAAUCAAGUUUGAAUCCAAACGCUAAGGAAUUCAAAUUGAACCCUAAUGCUAAGAGUUUCACUCCCUUGACUUCUCCGAGGCCACCUCAUCCUCCAGCGCCUGAUGCAACAUACUAUUAUCCUAAUAACAUGGGAGCUACUCCUGGACCUGGUUUACCAGUUGGCAUGGGGUUCCCACAGGCGUAUGGUGGCCAGCCUGUUGUUUACAAUGCUCCGCCUGGAUCUUCUCCCCAGGGUUACAUGCAUCCUUCUGGGCAACAGUAUGGGCAGCAAAUGAUGAUGGGGCAGACCCGCCCUGUCUAUUAUUAUCCACCUGAGAUGCAGCAACAAUACAGAGGAAGGAACUUCUAG